GCAGCGCGUAUACUCCAAUUGUGAUCGAAAUCUUACCGACGGGCGACGGCAACAACAGUAGCGUAGCUUCCACGGUUGCAAUUGGAAUCCGACUCUAGCGAUUAAACCCACUACGUAUUACGAGACCGAUAUGGUUUCCAAUCCUGGAGCCAUGGAUAUAUAGGCAGGACUCGACCAGUCCCAGACCCUUCCUCCUCUCGUACCCUAGCUCCUAGACCUAGACUCGAUCCCUUCUCUUAUCCAUCUGGAUCAAGCCAUGGAUCCCUGCAGCUUUGAGCUUAUUCCGGGCACUCCUCUCUCCGCCGUCUUCUCAGGCUGCGUCCAUCAGUCGACGACGAUUGAGUUUGAUGACGCCUACCUCCGGGCCAUCGGCGCACUUCCUCCACUUGCACCUGUCCGCUUCUCUUCUUCCUCCCCCAUCCAUCACGCGGCGGCCCUCCACGACUCCAUCGAGCUCCCGGCGACGUGCGAGGUGUCCGACUACGAUGCUGACAUCGACGUCAACCUCCGGGAGAUGGAGAAGGACGCCAAGCAGUGGCCCUCGCCAGAGUAUCUGAAGACGGUGCAGGGAGGUCUGAUGACCAAGUCCAGGCGCGCGGAGCUCGUGUCCUGGAUGGACGACUUCACCCGCUACUUCGACCUCGCCCCCGGCACGCUGCACCGCGCCGUCUCCUACGUCGACCGCGUCCUCUCGCAGCGAACCCUGCCGGAGACUGACACGGAGCACCAGCUCCAGCUCCUGGGCGCCACGGCCGUCUACACCGCCGCCAAAUACGAGGAGCAGUGCUCAACACACAAGCUGAACGCCACGGCCGUCGCCGGGAUCUGCGGGCUCGACACGACCAGCAAGGAGGUGAUCGCCAUGGAGCUCGUCAUGGUGGAGACGCUGGAGUACGACCUCAGCGGACCCACGGCCUACACCUUCGUCGAGCACUUCAUGAGGUACGCCGGCAGAGGAGAGCAGGAUUCGGAGGUUCGGCGGCUGGCGCAUCACCUCGCCAACAGAUCGCUCUACGACUACAGCCUGCUGCAGCUCCUGCCGUCCGUGGUGGCGGCGUCGGCGGUCUUCCUCGCCCGGCUAAUCCUGAACCCGAAUGCCAUCGACGUGCGGCAGUGGAACGAAGACUUCGAGGAGCUCACGGGGUACAAGCCCACGGACAUCAUCCUUGGCAUCGAGUCCUUGUACAUGAAGAAUCACGAUUCUCGCUUCGACGUGGUGCCAGACUUCUUGGAAGGCCAAUUGAUGGAUUUUAGGUUUUUUUUUUCGAAAUGGGGCAGUGCCCUGAUGGAUUUUAGGUGAAAGAUUUAGGGUUAAGGGAUGGAGAAGCACUCUUGAAUCUUGAGUUGUAAACGAGGUUAAAAUGUUGUAGCGUUGUACAUGAGUACAUUGUUACUUUGAUAUAUGCUGAUAUUACGUCGUCGUAUAGUUGAAAUCAGCUAGCAGAACGGAUUCAUGCACCGACUUGUGGUAGCAGGAUGCUCCUUGAUAUCAUUGCAGACCUCGUGGCUGCGGAUUGUAAUUCAGUUCCAUGCCAUGC